UUGUUGCUAACAAAUUUCUUCGUGGCCUGCCACAUUUCUUUUUGCUUUUACUUCCUAAAAUGGUUUUUCUUUCAAAGACGCUCAAAAUUUUCUCUUAUGACAUUUUCAUUCAUUUGCUUUUCAUUUUCUCACAACUUUGAUUUAAUAGAUGAAUUGUUCCUUCAAUUUGUUCAUUGCUUUGGGGGUGCUUUGCUUUUUAUUUUUUGGUAGAACCAUAGGCUGGUGUGGAACAGGCGUCGUUGGGGAAAACUGCCGAAACUCACAAUGUGUUUGCGACAAAUCCUGGAAAUGGAAAAAGGCUGUCAAAUGGAACGUAAACGCGCUUUGGUACGUCUGCAAAUUUGCCGACGACGCUGAACGAAACUGUAAAGCCCACUGGGAUGGCUGUCUGAAAAAGUAUGUGUCAACCCGAGCCGCUUUCCAGUCUGUUACUAGCUGGUUCCGUAGCCCCGAGAAUGCUGGUUGGGAUGCAGCAAUCAAUGCCGGAUGGAAUGGAUACAAAUACGGAAAAUGUGAUUAUCUUCUUAAACAAUAA